AUGGGGAUGGAAUAUACAAGUCAAUUUGGAGUGUUUAUUACAGAUUGCGGGGGCGCUCUCCACGAACCAAAUCGAUCCAAUAGACAGUUCAUAGCUGAGAAGUUGUGCUUUAUUGUAGCGGUUGAAGAAGCUGUCUCAACGGUGAUAUCAGUCGGGCUAAUUCUAGCUAUAGAAGCCUCUGGCCUGGUGAUCAGUUAUCCAACACUACCCCAUUUUUUCGUAAUUCAUAGUUAA